ACUCUGCCAUGUCCCUCAAGGUUAUCGUCACAGCGUGUGUGGUAAUGGUGGCGGUGGCCGACCAGGCUCCUGUGUACCACGCCCCUCCUGCCUAUGGCCCGCCUCCCUCCUACCAUGCCCCCCAGCCAUACCAUCAACCCGAGUACCCGGAGGUUCCUCCCAAGUACACUUAUAACUACGGUGUCGCCGACGAAUACUCCGGUGCCAACUUCGGUCACUCCGAGGUCCGCGAUGGCUACAAGACCGAGGGCAGCUACACGGUGAACCUCCCUGACGGCCGCAAACAGACCGUCACCUACGUAGAUAAUGGCGACGGUCUGGAGGCCGUGGUGACCUACGAGGGUGAGGCCCAGUACCCUGAACACCAGCCUUCCUAUUCUGCUCCUCCCGCACCCUACGCCCCUCUUCCAGCAUACGAGCCCGCCCCAGCUUACCCUGCUCCUCCAACCCCAACUUACGCCUAAACCUCUCGUCCAAUAAUAACAAAAUACAGGCAAGACUUUAGGGACCUUUUGAUAUGGUCUUUGCUCGAGAUAUAACUGAGUAUUAUGUAUAUAUAUUUGUAUAAACUGUCAUGGCAAUGUUGUGAAAUAAACAUAAUAUACUGUAAA